UAUAAGUGUACAGUGUUCAUAAGUAACUGUCGAUCAAGACACUUCGGAAAGAAAUUGCGUUGAGUUGGAAGAGGGUCGGCCGUCGGCCUUUUCUAUCAAGUUUUUCCUUGAACUGCAAUGACCAUAUCAAAGUGUUUGCUGGGAAGAGAUGUAAAUAAUAAACAAUGAUUUAGAGGUGAGGGGUGAGGGCGAGGAGAGGGCUGGAAACGAGCCCAAAUUGUUAACUCAACAAUGGAAGCGAUGCCGUCGUUAUGUGUUAUUUAAGACCCGCCGAUUUUAGAGCCAUGUAAUUAGUCUAGUAUUAGAUAGAGUCAACUCGCGAUCUCAUGUGAAUAUCAUAUCAGUGGUGUGAUCAGCAUGAUCCGAACCACUUGAUGUAAUUCAGUAAUGUAACCUUUCCAGUCUUUCUUCCACACUGCCAUUUAAAAGACUGAUAUAGCCAACUGUGUUCAAUAUUGCCAAUCAUCUCUCACACUUUAAUUAAUUAACAUGAAAGACUGUAACAAGAAUGAAGAAGAUGACCCCUACCGACCUAGUGCACCUGUUUCGACUGGAACUCUACCAAGAUGGGCUCGCAAGCAUCACCAUGUCCAACAACAUCAUCAGAACCAUCAUCACCACUCCCAUGCCGUGGAGUUCGACGACAACGAUGCCGUCCCCUCGGCUCCGCCCCUCAACCUCAUGGACCAGGUGUCGGGCUACGAGAGCGUGUCGUUCGACGCGGUCAGCGUGCCCCCGCCCGAGGACCCGCCGCCCGCCACCCCCGGGGAGGAGGACGCCGCCGGGCCGUCGGGUGCCGGGGACGGUGGAGGAGGUGGUGACGGCGGCGGCCCCAUGGGCGGCGACCCCAUGGGCGGCCCCCAGGCCUCGGGGGUGGCCCGCUGGGGACACACGCUGUCCGAGCAGGAGGCCCGCGCCGCCCUCGUCGCCCACGUGAAGAGGCGCUGCUGCUACGGCGCGUCGGCCGCCCGCAACAUGGCCAUCACCGCCCUGGACCACGCCUCCGCUCUGCAGUACACCCUGGAGACGUUCACCGAGCGGCGCGAGACGGCGUGGUCCUUCAGCCCGUACCUCGGCGACGAGGUGGACGGCUCCGACAACGGCCCGGCGCCCCUCCCCUGGGAGCUGGACGUGCGACCCAGCCAGUCGUUCGCCUCCGAGGUCAAGUGCCAGCCCGUGCCGCACACCUCGUCGGUCAAGCAGUGCCACCGCUGCAAGGGGAGCGGCUCGAUCCUCUGCGCCGACUGUCACGGCAAAGGCUGGGUGCACUGUAUAUCGUGCCAUGGGAAUGGGUACGACACUGAUGCGUCGGGGUACAAGGAGCGCUGCUUCUACUGUCACUCGUCCAUUCACGGCAGAGGAAGGCAGGACUGUUCAAAGUGCAGCGCCAAGGGGAAAAUGGCUUGCCCAACUUGUGAGGGUGGAGGACUUCUGCUCUGUUUUAUCCAGCUGACUGUUACUUGGAGGGUCAAUGUAUCCGAGCAUAUAGUUGAUAGAAUGUCUGUGCCAGAGGAUCUAGUACGGAAUGUAACAGGAGCGGUAGCCUUUGUUGAGGAAGGUGCAAGAGUUCUACCCAUUGCCCAUUUCCCUGAUGAAACAGUCAACAUGGCCUCUGCUCAGCUUCUUAGAGAUCAUGAACAUGAUUUCAGCACCCAGCGUAUUCUGGCUCAGCGACAUCAGGUCCAAGUGAUUCCAGUGACAGGAGCAACAUACAAAUGGAAGAGUAGUAAGGGUGAAUUUUAUGUAUAUGGUAAUGAACAGAAAGUUUAUGCUCCAGACUAUCCUCAAACAUGCUGUUGUGGUUGUACUAUUUUAUAGGUUUUUAAGUUUAUUUGACAUAUUUUUAUGGAGAAAGGAAAUAUCUUGCCAUUAUUUUAUUUUUAAUACUUAGGCAUGUACGUUUGAAGAAUCUAUUGAACCAUAUUCAUUCAUUAUAAUUGCCAAGUUCCCAUUUUGUGGGAAAUGUUGCCGUCCUUAUAAUACGUACUGUUGUAAUUACGUCUCUAUUAGUUUUAAGUGUGAUGUUAAUUUUUUCUCAUUGUUUAAGUUUUAAUAUUGUGAUUGUUUUCACUGUGCUACUGUGGUCGAGACCUGCAACUUUCUCAUAAAUUUAAAGAACAAGUGCUUGUUUACAAUGUGAAUGCUUACAUUUCACAUGAACUGUAUUCUAGCUUUAUUAUUUCUAUGACUGUGGAAGUGCACAGCAUCAUCUUUUCUUGUUUUAUUUGUUUCAUAUGCACUUGCUGCUUCCUUUUUAUUUUCAAAUUUUGAUGUUGCUGUAAUUAAUUAGUUUACCACAUAAUAUCCUGCCUAUGCUAAAAUUAUUUUUUUUUGCAAGAAAUUGCUUCACUUUAGAUCCUACUUAACCUGUGGUUGAAGACUGAUUUUUAUGUGUACACAUCACAUGCGGAGUAGUGUGCUAGAAUAUUACUUUUAACGAUGUGAACAGCAGUUAUCUAUUAUGUGAGUACUGCUGUAUUCUUGAGCUCAAUUAACUGUGGGCCAGGAAAGUGGAAAUUAUUGAUCUCACUGAGUAGCAUGAUGUGUAUGUUAUGGUUAUAGCGAGGUGCCCGGCCCGGCAUAAACCUAGUACUAGUAUAGGACCCACUGGCUAAAGCUAGGAGUGUCUAGACCUAUUGGGUGCAUAGUGGAACUGACGAAAGAAUAGUACUGUUGCCCGUAACUUCAAAACUCGAUACGGGCCUGUUCUUUCGCCAGACUCACUGUAGCAUUUGAUUGAACCUGGAAAAAUGAUAGAAAAUUGAGGGAGCGUAUAUUUGUAAAAAUAAUAAUAUUUAUUUGUUCUUGCAAGAUGUGCUGGAGUGACAUUAGCUGUUGCACUUGACGCUCCAAUACAUAAAGGAGCACAAUAAAAGAAACAGUAAUAAGAAAAGUAAUAAGCAGCACUGCUCAUGCCUGUUGUAUUCCUCGUUUCAACUAAUAAAGUGGCUAGACACAUCUGGCUGAAUCUAAGAAAAAGAAAACUGGCUACACUUGUUGCUAGAUUAGCUGGGCACCCCAUAACACAUUCAAGAUAGAGCUUCCUUGUUACAUUUGCUUUAAUUGUUUGAUUUGAAAUAUUAAUGUAACUCUGUUUAAAUGUUUACUGUUGUUAUUUUUCAAUGUAAUUAACAUAUUGAUCGGUGCUGAUAUAUGUGUGAGACAGCAAUUUGAUACAAGAGAAAUUUUUUAAAAUAAAAUUUCAAACAGCCAUGA